AUGGCCGAUGGACUUGUUCCAUCCGUUCUGAGUUACUUGAAUUCCACCAUCCAAUCUGCCCUCCAAUCCAAGCUAGGAUCAGUGUUUUCCUGUCGCGAGGAACUACAAGAACUUUCCAGUGCAUUUACAGUCAUUCAAUCUGUUCUUCGUGAUGCUGAGAAAAGAUGCAGAAAGGAAGACACUCUGAACGAUUGGUUGGUGAAGCUCAAAGAAGUAGCCUACGAUGUCGAAGAUGUGCUGGACAUGUGGAGAUUCGAAGCCCUCAGAUAUGAAAAUGGAGGAAGUGUAACCUCACCUCUCGCAAAGCGGGUAUGCAACUCUCUCUUGCGUAAUUUUCAUGUUGAUGAAACAGUCGAUGAAGUGGGCCUUUAUUUGAAAUUGGGCAUGGAAAUGGGGCGUGAAAUAAAAAAUGUUAGAGAAAGGGUUGAUGAGAUAUGGAAAGAGAAAUCUAAAUUCCAUUUGGAAGAAAGCAUAAAUAGCAGGAUUGGGACAGAGGAGAGGAAAACUGGUUCCUUGAUUGAUGAAUCAGCGAUAAUCGGUAGGACUUCAGAUAAGGAAAGGAUCAUACCCUGGUUGGUAAGUGACAGUAGUCAUGUCAGUAACAACAUUCCCGUCAUUUCUAUAAUUGGUUUGGGGGGAGUAGGAAAGACUGCUCUCGCUCAAUUAAUAUACAAUGACGAGCGAGUUACUCGACACUUCCCGAAAAGGAUGUGGGUGCAUGUUUCAGAUGAUUUUAAUGAGACUAGGAUUUGCAAUGCAAUCAUUGAAGCGGCUGAGGGUCGACCUGCACCUAGUUACUCUGAAUGGGAAAUGGUGCAAAUUCAUCUAUUGAACCUCUUGAAAGGGCAGCGAUUUUUACUUGUACUUGAUGAUAUCUGGAACGAAAAUCAAGACAAGUGGGAUACAUUGAGGCUUCCUUUGGAAGGCGGAACAAGUGGCAGUAGAAUUUUGAUCACGACUCGCAAUGAAGCUGUGGUAAAAACUAUGCGAACCAUGAAAAUGCAUGAACUGGCGCCUCUAUUAGAAAGCGAUUCUUGGUCAUUGUUCAGUCGCAUUGCUUUUGGGGAAGUAAAUACAGAGGAACAUGUAGAGUUGGAAGAAAUAGGCACAGAACUUGCAAGAAAGUGUGGCGGACUACCUCUUAUUAUAAAGAGAAUAGCAAAUGCAUUGCGUUUCAAGAGGACCAGAAAGGAGUGGGAGCUUGUGUUGGAGAGUGAAACAUGGGAUUUUCCAAAUGUUACAAGAGGCCUUCAAUUAAGCUAUGAAAAUAUUCCGCCGUACUUGAAGUGUUGCUUUGCCUUCUGUUUUAUAUUUCCUAAGGAUCAUGUUAUAGAGAGGGAAACAUUAAUCAAGUUGUGGAUGGCCCAGGGUUUCAUUCUUUCAGAGGAAAGUGCAGCAUCAGCAAUGGAAAGUAUAGGCGAUGGGUAUUUUUACGAUUUACUAGGGCGAUCCUUGUUUGAUGCUCCAAUAACAGAUUGCGUUGGCAACAUCAUGCACUGUAAGAUGAUAGAUAUUGUUCAUGACUUCUUCCAAACAGUCAUGAGAGAUUGCUAUACCAUGAACAUGGAUUUGCCAAACGACAUCCCUCUGCAUGCGCGCCAUGUCUCAUUGAAAUGUAGUGAUUAUUCAUCAUCAAUUCCAGAAAGCUUGCUCAAAGCCAAGAGCCUGCGGACACUCCUAUUCAUUGGGUGGUCAAGAAUCGCUGUGGUGGGUAAUGAUUUUUUUGAAAAUUUCAGGUUCCUCAGAGCAUUAGAUUUGAGUGGUAUAAAUUGUUUUCAGCUUCCAACGUCCUUGAAGAACUUGAAACUUUUAAGAUAUCUCAACUUAUCUACCACCAGAGUAUGGAGGCUGCCUGAAUUCAUAUGCGGACUGUAUUUGUUGCAAACCUUGAAACUUAAUGAAUGCGACCAACUGUAUGAACUUCCCCAAGAGAUGUGGAGACUUGCGAGGCUACGACAUCUGGAAAUUAAAGGUACCAGGGUAUUGAAGGCUUUACCCCAUGGGAUUGGGAGAUUAACUUCCCUAAGAACUUUGUCAAAGUUUCUGGUUGGGGAUGGGAUGGAAUGCAGGAUUGGGGAACUUAAAAACCUCCAUUUCCUGCAAGGAGAAUUAGCUAUACACCAUUUGGGGAGGGUGUUAAAUGAGGGUGAAGCCAAGGAAGCAGAAUUAGUGAAUAAGAAACACCUUCGCCGUUUGGAAUUGUAUUUUGAUGGCUAUUGUCAGAAAGUUUUAAAUGGUGGUGAAGCAAAGAGCAUUGAGGGUGUGUUUGAAGGCCUUAGACCCCACACGAACAUAGAAGAACUGAAAAUAUCGCAUUACAUGGGAUUGAAGUUCCCAGGAUGGAUGGAAGAUGCAUCACUCUCCAACCUAGUUAAUGUUACUCUUCGUGAUUGUCAUGCGUGUAUAAAACUACCAGCACUUGGGACACUGCCAUCCCUUAAAUACCUUGCGAUAGAAGGAAUGCAUAAUGUGAAAUUCAUCGGUCCGGAGUUCUAUGGGAACAACGAUACUGGAGAUGUAACAGGUGCAGCUGCAGCAUUCCCUAAGUUGGAGACACUCAUUUUGGAGGGAAUGUAUACUUUGAUGGAGUGGGUUGGGAGACAAGAUGGAGGAAUGCCGUCUCUCCUUGAACUAUUUAUUGCAAAUUGCCCCAAGUUAAUGAAAAUGCCCUCGUUCCUUCAUGGUAAAUUGUGGAAAGUAGAUCUUGAAGCACCAAGCAUCUAUUGGACAUCAUGUAUUUCAGAAUCUGUCGAGUGUUUGGUAGUAAAAAACAUCAGUGACGUCAACGUGUUCAUCCACCUGCAGUUCCUUCACAACCUUAAGUACUUGGUGAUAGAACAGUCAUUUCUUCAUGAGUUUCCUAAUGGGUUGCAAAAACUCUGUGGGCUCCAGAUACUCCACAUUCGAGGCUGCCCGAGACUGACACAUCUGCCUAAAGAGCUCAGAGACCUCCAUGACCUUCGCGAACUGAAGAUUGUGGACUGUCCAAAUUUAGAAAAAUGGUGUGAAAAAUAUGUCGAGGACGAUCAGCAACAAGCAAUGUCGCACAUUCCUAAUAUCUGGAUCGACGACGUAGAGAUCAAAAGAGAUGGGCGAGUAGUCGCUGGACAAGCAAGGUAA